AUUAUAACAAUUUGCUGAUCUUGAACAUUUAGACUCUUAGCUUUUUUAAAGCAGAAUAAUGACGUUUUCCCCUAAAAAACAUUGGUUGACAACAUCUCAACCAGGUCUAGUAUAGCCAGAGCCCAGAUUUAAGAAUGACGGCGGGUGGAAAGGGUCGACGUAGUGGAGUCGAUGUAGCUGCUAUCGACAAGGAUAACACGGCGGGGAUGAUGGAAACAUACGGGUUCCCCUUGUGGUGCUAUCCUAUCUUCAUCCUGGUUGUGGUUCUCUUUGCAGUCUGUACUGAGUGGGAUCCUGAAUUUGGAGUGGAUACUGUGACAAAAGUGGGAGAUAAUCACAUACGAACUGUGGUGGCUAAUACAUGGGACAGUGGAAAUGUGGGCUAUGCUAUGUACAUGGACGCUGCUGCUAUGUGUGUUCUGGGUUUCGGUAUGCUCUACACGUUCAGUAAAUACUACGUUUGGGGCGGAGUUGGCCUCAACUAUUUCAUCUGUGGUUUCUCUUUUCUUUGGGUAAACGUGGCCAAGACCAUUGUUAACGCUAUUUGGACAGGCGACUGGGUCAAAACCAAACUCAACCUCACAGAAAUGGUGACGGGUUGUUAUAUUACUGCUGCAAUCCUUAUUUCAUUCGGUGCAAUAUACGGGUUCACUUCUCCAGCUCAGAUAAUCCUGUUGUGUUUCAUAGAACCCUUCAUGAUGUUGAUCAACGAACACGUCGUGUUGAAGAAUAUGCACGUGAAAGAUGCUGGAGGUAGCUUGGUAGUCCACGCUUUCGGAGCCUACUUUGGAAUUGCUGUGGCGUUUGGUAUGGGGGUCAAAGCCAAACAAAUACCUUCUGAGCACCGGAAUACUACAUACUUCAGUGACAUGGGUGCAAUGAUAGGAACCGUGGUUCUCUGGAUGUACUGGCCUAGCUUUAACGGAGCUACUUUCUACAACGAUGUGACCCUACAAGGACGAAUUGUAAUGAACACGUACCUUGCUAUCUGUGCUAGCUGUGCCGCUGCCUUCCCCACUUCUGUUUUAUGGCACAGAGGAAAGAUGGAGAUGAUUGAGAUCCAGAAUGCGACCUUAGCAGGAGGAGUAAUGAUUGGAAUGAUCUGUCCCUUCGAUAUUGAGCCUUGGACCGCUGUCCUGAUUGGAGGUCUUGCUGGUGUAGUCAGUGCUGGAGGAUACGCUUGGUACCAUCACUUCCUGGAGGAAUUAGGAGUCACUGACAGCGCUGCUGUUCAGAUGUUACAUGGUAUUCCUGGUCUCCUCGGCGGAGUGUGCGCUGCUUUCGCGUGUCUUGCUGAUAACCACAACUACAUGUACUCCUACGACACUACGUGGACUACUAGUGCGGCCUCUGACCGUUCUCGAGGUGAACAGUUUGGGUGGAUUCUCCUUGCUAUCGUCUGUACCCUGGCUAUCUCUAUCAGCUCCGGCCUCAUUACAGGUUUCCUGAUGAACCAGCCCUGCUGUCCAACUGUCGGUAAGAAGGACAUGCUUAUUGAUCACGACUUCUGGGAUAUCCACGACCUCGGUAGUGAUCCAAGGAGCAAAGUCGAGGCAAAGGAUGACGGGGCCGUGUGGGCCAACCCUAUGGCUGUGCCAAUGCAAGCAGUCGCAUCGAAGAAAGUAUAAUUAAUUAAUUUUUACUAAUUAAUUGUAACUGAAUGAAUAUUUCAACUUGAGUUACGACAUUAGCAAUUUAGAUUGGCUGAUUUUACAGUUGCAGCAUGCAUAGAGGGAAUCUUAAAUGAUAGUGAUAACUAAGAACAAUAUUCCAUGUGUAAACCAUAGGUUAACAAGGUAUGCUUACGUGAUGGGUAGCCGUACUGCUAGGUUAUGUAUUGUUUGAUAUAUAUUUCAUAUUAUUCUGACUAAGUUGUGUAGUACUAUUGACUUAUUGAGAAAUUGUCAUCACUAUUUCUCCGAAUAGAGUCAGUGAUGACAAUGUUCUAAAUAAAUAAAUCA